AUGGAAUACAUAUUCCCCAAGCCACCUCGAUCUCUCCAGGGCCGUGUCGCCAUUGUCACCGGCGCAGGAGCAUACGGCGAUGGGAUCGGCAAUGGACGAGCAUCUGCCAUUCUGUUCGCCGACGACGGCUGCAGUGUCGUCUGCGUCGACAGAGACCUUAAACUAGCACAACGCACGGUGGAAAUGAUCGAAGCCGAGGGGAAAGGUGCCGCCAUCGCGCUACAAGCCGACGUGAGCGUGGAAAGCGAAUGCGCACAGAUUGUCAAAGCUACAGUAGAGAAGUACGGCAGGCUGGAUAUCCUACUCAACUGCGUGGGCAUCGGAGGCGCACCGGGCACGGCUGUUGAUGUGGACAUGGUUGCGUGGACGAAGUCGAUGGAAAUCAACGUAUCGAGCAUGGUCAUGAUGGCCAAGUAUGCGAUUCCAGAGAUGAUCAAGAACGAUAAUGAAUGGGGCUAUAGAGGUUCUAUCGUCAAUAUGGCGAGUGUGGCUGGUAUCAAGGGCGGGACACCUCACUUGCUCUAUCCGACAUCUAAAGGCGCGAUCGUGAACAUGACGAGAGCGAUGGCCGCAAACCAUGCCCCGGAUGGCAUCAGAGUCAACUGCGUAUGUCCGGGAAUGGUCUAUACGCCCAUGAUGUAUGCUGGAGGGAUGGCAGACGAGGCGAGGGAGUCGAGAAAGAAUAGGAGUCUACUCAAGACAGAAGGCAAUGGCUGGGACGUCGGCUCAUCGGUGAGGUUUCUUGCUGGGCCACAGGCUCGAUGGAUUACUGGCGUGAUUUUACCGGUUGAUGCUGGGGCGACGGCGGCAGUAGGAACAGAUAUACCCAAGUCGGCCAGUGUGAAUGGCUAG